UAAAAAAGUAGCCAUGUCACUCCUGAAGGCAGCGGCCACAUUCUAUGUUUCUCUUUCUCUCCCAAUCAUUGGAGUGGGAGAGAAAGAGAAACAUAGAAGUAGGCAGAAUACUGAAAUGUUGGUGACGAUAAACGUCACAUCACUAAAAGCAAGGUCGCGUUACUUUCAGCCACUUAAUCCGCUCAACCGUGUGGCGAGGGCCAUAAUACGUGUGAUCAUAUACGUAGUUAUGUGGAUAGGAGCGGUUGUGUUGGCAGUGGUUGUAAGGCAGGUGGUGACCGAGGCCACUCCCUGGUGGACCAAUGCGGUGUAUUAUAGGAUACUGGUGGAUUCCUUCAAGGAUGGCGAUGGAGAUGGGCUGGGGGACUUGAUAGGCUUGAGCAAACAAAUCAGCUAUGUCCGAGCGAUCGGCGCAGACGCCGUGAUCCUAUCUCCAUUGUCUCUGAGGAGUACAGACUGCAGCAAGCCUGGGAUCGUCGGGUUCGGAGAAAUCGAUCCGAGGUACGGAGACGAUGCUGCAUUUAAGGCCGUAUUGGAUAAAGCGAAGAAAAUCGAACUGAAAGUUAUAGUCAACCUGCCACUUCAGACGGUCAGUACAGAUUCCGACUGGUUCAAGUCCAGCGCUGAGAAGAUGUCUGGGUUUGAAGACAGGAUCCUAUGGCGAGAUGGUACUCCUGACGAUAUACCACAGGUUGAACACGGGCUCCACGCCUGGGUCUGGCAUGAAGGUAGGAACGCAUUCUACGCGAGCUCCAAUAACCAAGCCAUUCUUAACCUCUGUUCGUUCAGCGUUGUAGCUGACCUGGCUACAGCCCAGUGCUCCUGGCUGAAGAGAGGUGUCUCUGGGGUGCUGAUUUCACCAGACUAUCCCAGAGACCAGAUGUGUGCGGAGGAACUGUUCAGGAAGAUGUUUGUCGAAGCCAUAAGUUGCGCAAGAGCUGCUAAUAUCGAUACUCCGGCAAUACUAGUAGAAUCAGCACUGAAGCCAGAGAUAGCAGCGAGGUACUAUUCGGCAGGCGGUGUAGGUGCUAACAGUAUCUUGAGCAGCGCUCUCACGUCAUCAUCUAGACCAUCCGCUGCUGAGCUGGGGCUGGCCAUCCAUGAGGUCUUGCUGAAUACUCCCAGUUAUGCUGCGCCUACUUGGAGUACCAGUUGGAGAAAUGAAAGUCGCAUAGCAUCACGAUACGGUUCCGAUCUAGUAGACGCCAUCAAUCUGCUCACCCUAAUCUUGCCCGGGGCAGCUGUCAUCCAACAAGGGGACGAGAUGGGCGUCGCAGACUCCAUACUUGAGUGGGCCUCAACUUCUUCAACCAAAUGUUGGCCAUCUGAACUAAUACCAUCAGCUGCGCCAUUUCCGUGGGAUGAUACGCUUAAUGCUGGGUUUACGAGUGGAGAACCUUGGGUACCGGUUGCACCAAAUUACAGAUACGCUAAUGCGAAGACUGAGUUCACGAAUGAUCAUAGCCACAUUGGUGUCAUGAGAGUUGCUGCUGCUAUGAGGAAGUCGCCAGCUAUUGGGCCUCAUACUGAGAUCAGUAGAUUGGGAGAUGCUUUGGCAGUUCUACGCUGGGGUGGAGCCGGCUCCCUGCUGGUCGUUUCCAACCUCGCCCAAGACCGCACUGAAGCCCAGCUGACCAGGAUGUACGGUCUCCCCGCUCAAAUGACCGUCGCCUCUGCUUCAGCUGCUUCUAGCUUCUCCGUGGGCUCUCACGUCGGUGUUGACAAGCCCAUUAAAUUAUUGCCAGGAGAGACAGUACUUCUUGUAGGACCACCAAGGCACUGUGGAGGACCGGGCCCAGUAGACAAGAUAGCCAACAAGCUGCAAGAAGGCUGGCAGAAAAUCAACAAAUACUUCAACGAUUUACAAAACUGAUCUUUGUCGAAUAAAAUUAAUUUCGUAAUACAA